AUGGUACUCGCUCGCUCUCCCCGCCUCCAGGCAACCAAGACUGCACCACGCGCAGCGCUGCUAUGCCUCGUCAUUUCCAUCGCGCUCUCCGCGCCGUGCGCCGUGCGCGGCGCGCAGGUUCCCGCGGCGUCGUCGAUAGCAGCGGCGCUGUCAAGCGCGGAGUCGCCAGCGGAGUCGUUCAACGUGUCGCUGCUCGUCCUCAACGCCACCGGGCUGCUCGCCAAGCUGCCCGCGCUCGCGCCGCUCACUCUCUUCGCGCCCACCGACGCCGCGUGGCGCGCCGCAUUCCACGCCCUCGCCCUGCCGUACCUCAGCGCCUACAUUCCCUUCCCCGGUCCCGCUGUCGGUGGCGAGACCCUCCGGAAGAACGGGAACAGCUCGGGCGGCGCGGGCGAUUCGGACGCUGCCAACUCCAUUAGCCCCGCGCAGCCGACCCCAGCGCCCGGCGUUCCCCCCCAGGCGGGAGACGCUACUAGCGGCGGUGCGAGCUCGGCGAUGGUUCCCGGCCUUCCGCAGAUUGACUUGCCGCUGCCCGGCGUUCCCGACCUGCCCAUUCCCGAAAUUCCCGGCGGGCUGGACGGGUUGAAUGUGACAAUGCCUUCGGAUAACAUGACGCUUGCCACGCCCGAUUUCAACAUGACCAUGCCCAACAUGACCAUGCCCAACAUGACCAUGCCUGGCAUCAAUAUCACCACGCCCGACUUCAACUGGACCUUUCCCGAUGUAAACACGUCCAUGCCCAACAUGAACCCGCUGACUUUCAACCCGCUUCUCGCCGCACUGAGCGCCGUGUUUUCCGGCGACGGGACGCCCGCGUCGCUGGCGGCGCUGGCGGCGCUGGCGAAGGAGCGGCCCGAGGCGCUGCAGGCUCUGUCGGAGCUGCUCGCGUACCACGUGGCGACCACGGCAGCGCUGAACUCGGCGGCCAUCGCGGCGCAGUUCACAGCGGCGGGGGAUGCGGGCAACUUGACGACGGUGGACGGGCGGGCGCUGUGGGUCAACUACAACACGAGCGAGUCGGCGGCGCUGCUCAACGCGUACUCGCCGGCGCAGCGCGCGCUGAUUAGCGAGGGGGUGAGCGUGGGGUACGACGGCACGGUGUACUUCCAGAAUGGCACCACCGUGGCGGCCAAUGGCACGGUCAUCUUUGACCCCGCGACGAGCCCCGUGGCCGUUGACUCGGAGGGCAACACGUACUUCGCCAACGGCACCGUCGUCAGCGCCAAUGGCACCGCUGUGAGCACCAACGGCACCAUCGACGGGCCGGGUCUCUCCGUGCCCCCCACCGUCUCAUCACCGUCCGAUAUGCCCCCCGCCACCGCCAUGCCCGCCCCCAUUGAUGUGCCCCCUGCCACCACCAUGCCCAUCGUCCUGGUGGAGCCAAUCCCGAGGGUCAUGGGCGGGUGGGGCGACUGGGGCAACUGGGGCAACUGGAGCGCGGAGGCGCAGCAGCAGUGGUGGGGGAAUGCGACGGAGUGGAUGAACGGGGCCGUGCCGGGGCUGAACGUGACUGCCAGCGAGUACCUCGCCUGGCUCAACGCCUCCUCCCUCGCCUGGGCGGCAGGCUUUGAUGCCAUGUGGGAGCAGGCUGGCAGCGACAUGAACGUGGCUCGGGUGGUGCGGGCUGAUGUGAUGGACAGCGCUGGCAUCGUGGUGCAUGGUGUGGAUGGCGUGCUGUUUCCCCACUUCCGCGACUUGCCCGUGUUGAAGGGCGGCGCAGGAGGAGGAGAGGGUGCCGUGCCUAUGCCCAUUGCCGUGCCUGUCGUGGCACCUGGUGGCGUUGCUAACGACAGCGCGAACGGCACCGGCACGAAUGGCACUAUGACUGGCGGGAAGCCCAACGACAGUGUUGCCACAGGUGCUGGUGCUGUUGCUGGGUCUAGCAACAGCAACAGCAGCAGCAGCGGUGAGCAGGAUGCAUUUAAGAUUGCGGCGAGUGGCACGCCAGCACCACCUGCUGGGUCAUCCCCCCCGAGCAAAUCACAGAGCAAGGCUGCUGCAGUCCCCCUCCUCUUGGCUACUGCACUCUCCCUUGUGGCUCUGCUGUAG